CGAUUUCGACCAAGACACGAAGAAGAGAUGCCGAGCAAGAAGACUGCCGCCAAGGCCGAGGCCGACCCCGCCAAGACGCUCCUCAUCAACGAGAAGGGCGAGCUCACGGGCCCGUUCGCGCAUGCGCUCAAGCGCAUCUUCCAGAAGUACUCGGAGGGCACGAACGCGCUGACGUCGGAGCAGCUCAACAACUUUAGCAAGGCCUGCAACGACGGCAAGGGCUUCACGGAGCAGGAACUCAACGAGAUCCACAUGUACUUUGACUGCGACGAGAACAAGGGCUUGACCCAGCGCGGCUUCUGCGAUAUGUACCACACACAGACGAGCGCCGAACCGAGCGAGACGUGGAAGGACUUGCGCAAGCUUGGCUUUAUGAAGCACAUUACGGGCCACGAGUGCUACGCGUGCGGCAAGACCGCGACGACGUCGUGCGCCCGCUGCAUCUCGGUGCGCUACUGCUCCAAGGAGUGCCAGACCGAAGACUGGAAGGCUGGCCACAAGCGCGCUUGCAAGCCCAAGAAGUUCCUCGCCGAGAACUAGGCAUCAUAGUGUAGCGUCGAAGAGGGGCCAUGUAUGUAGAGACUGGAGCCUUGCCGUGCGAGUAUAAUGAAUGUACAUAUGAUGAUGAUGAGGAUGA